UGUGUGGCAGGUAAGAUGGAUCUUAUCUUUCAUUUGAAGGAUUUGAGAAUCCAAACAUAUCUGGAAAAUGUAAAGUACUAUCAAACCCUAACAACCAAAUAUACUUCGAUUUUCUUUCGGUAUCUUUGUCAACCCCACAAAGAUAGUAUACACUAUAUUGAAUCCUCCAUAGCAAAAUUAUAUUAAAAAAUAAAAAAAAAAGUUGAGUUGGUCUUUGAGUUUUGAUCUACAAAUUAUUCCCUCCUACCAUGAAAUAAACCUCAAAAAAAUAAAAGAUCAUCACAACUUGCAUGAUCCUUUGUUGUUAAUUAUCAUCCUAUAUAUGGUUAAGGGUAAAUAGAAUUUUGUUUAUUUUGGAGAAAAAAUUAUACCAUGGAAGAAAACAAGAAGUUGAUUCAUAAAGAAACAGAGAGGCAAAGAAGGCAAGAGAUGGCUACCCUAUGCACCACCCUUAGAUCACUUCUUCCUUUAGAAUAUAUUAAGGGAAAACGCUCAAUUUCUGAUCAUGUAUAUGAGGCUAUGAAUUACAUCAACCAUCUACAAAACAAUGUGAAGCAAUUACAAAGUAAGAAGGAAGAAUUAAUGAAGAUUUCAAAUUUGAGUACAAAAGCUCCUCAAAAUGGGUCUAGUAGUAAUAGUAGUACUACUCAUCUUUCACCUUUUGUUAUUGUUCAACCUUUCCUUGGAGGACUUGAAAUUGUGUGCAGUUAUAGCUUCAACAAAUGUUUGUUUCCAUUGUCAAAAGCUCUAGACUUGUUGAUUAAAGAAGGGCUUAAUGUGAUAAGCACUAAUUCCAACAAUUUAGAUGGAAGAUUCAUAUACACCGUAAGAUUAGAGGAUCCGAUAAUGAGAAGCAUUGAUUACUCUGAACUUCAAACAAAGCUUAUCGAAGCAAUUUCAUCAUCAAGUUUGCAAGAGAGUACGUCUGAACAUGAAAAUAGCCAAUAUUUUCAUAAUAACGUAAUUUUUUGAAAGUUUCUAAAGUGAACUUAGUUGCAUAUUCAAAUUCACAAAUGGCAUGUCUUGAUGAUAUCUUUUUCAUUGAUGUUAGAAACCAUAUUAAUGAAAAAAAUUCAUCUUGAUGUUCAAUGUAUUAUUUUUUAGAAUUAUGUUCAAUGUACUAAAUACAUGUGUUUUCUGCAUUUAAAAUCUUCAAUUAUUUUUCUAUAA